UAUCACUCGCAGAAGAAGAUCUUGUAGUAGAAGUUAAACGCGAAUCCUCCUGGAAAGUAAACAUAGACGGGAAGUAAUUCACAGCAGGUUUAAGCUGUGCAUACGCAUUUCUGCCAUGUUUAGUUUUCAUAUUUUUUAUUCGAUCAUGUACUGAAGGUUUAACUGAGAUGAAAUGAGAGUAAACACUUCAUUCCUGCGCUUCUAGCUAAUGGCAGCUCCAGCACUGCAAGGCUGACUGGGCUAACCGACCGCCCUUAUUUUGUAAUACCUCUCUCCAUCAUUUUCCCUCUUUCCAUCUAAUGGAAGAAAGUUUCAGGGAAGAUCAUGGCGUCCGAAGCCAAAGCUCGAGCGUUGUACGGAACCGGAGAUCAUGCACGCGCACGGAGAAGGCGCGCGCACAGUGCAGACCUGUGACACCCGAACCUGGACACGUUCACGACUCCCACAGCCAGUCCUUCUUAAACGGAUCGUCCCUAAAUCUCUCCAAACGCCGUGAUGGUCGCAGUGAUGCCUGGUCAGUGUGUCCUCUCCUCACAGUGCUGCUCCUGUCCGCGUGCACCCGCUUCUACAAGCUCACCGAGCCGCCGCACGUGUGCUGGGAUGAGACCCACUUUGGGAAGAUGGGCAGCUAUUAUAUUAACCGCACCUUUUUCUUUGACGUUCAUCCUCCACUCGGCAAGAUGCUGAUUGGCCUAGCAGGAUACCUGACAGGCUACGAUGGCACCUUUCCGUUCAUCAAACCAGGGGACAAAUACGAGCAUCACAACUACUUGGGGAUGAGAGGGUUCUGCGCAGCUCUCGGCUCCUGUCUGCCUCUUUUCGCUUUCUUGGUGGUCUGGGAGCUGUCUCGUUCUACUACAGCUGCUCUCAUUGCAGCUUCCCUGCUCAUUUUCGACACUGGGUGCAUCACCCUCUCACAGUACAUCCUGCUUGAUCCCAUCCUCAUGUUCUUUAUUAUGGGAGCUGUUUUGAGCAUGGUCAAAUUCAAACAGGAAAGACUCAGACCCUUCAGCUGGUCCUGGUGGCUGUGGCUGCUUCUGACAGGAGUGAACCUCGCUGGCUCUCUGGGGGUGAAGUUUGUAGGGCUGUUUGUCAUCUUGUUAGUGGGCAUCAGUACUGCUUGGGACCUCUGGAAACUGCUGGGAGAUAUUUGUCUCUCUCUGGUGGAUUUUGCCAAGCACCUGGCUGCUAGAGUGUUUGGGUUGAUAAUAAUCCCCUUGUUCCUGUACACUACAAUAUUUGCUGUUCAUUUUGUCACCUUAAAUAGAAGUGGUCCAGGAGACGGUUUCUUCAGCUCGGCUUUUCAGUCUCGUCUGAUUGGAAACAACCUGCAUAACGCCACCAUGCCAGAAUACUUGGCAUAUGGCUCAGUAAUAACAGUGAAGAACCUGCGAAUAGCUGGAGGAUAUCUUCAUUCCCACUGGCACCUUUAUCCAGAGGGAGUCGGAGCCCAACAGCAACAGGUCACUGCUUAUCUGCACAAAGACUUUAAUAAUCUGUGGCUCGUCAAAAGACCUGAUGAUGAUGAUCCCUCAGGGACUCCUGAGCUCGUCCGACACGGCGACAUCAUUCGGCUGGAGCACAAAGAGACCACACGCAACCUGCACAGUCACCUUCAUGAAGCACCACUGACUAAGAAGCACCUUCAAGUCACAGGCUAUGGCAUUAAUGGUACAGGCGAUCCCAAUGAUCUCUGGCAGGUGGAGGUGUGUGGAGGAAAGAAAGGCGACCCAGUGAAGGUGUUGCGUAGUAAAGUGCGCUUCCUGCAUCGAUCAACCGGCUGCGUACUCUAUUCCUCAGGCAAGAUGCUCCCGAAGUGGGGUUGGGAGCAGGUAGAGGUGACAUGUAGUCCAUACUUAAAGGAAACUCCAAACUCCCAGUGGAACAUUGAAGAUCACAUCAACCCCAAAUUGCCCAACAUUAGUUUAUGUGUGCUGAAGCCUUCCUUCCUGGAGAUCUUACUUGAAUCUCAUAUUGUGAUGAUAAGGGGAAACAGUGGCCUGAAACCUAAAGACAAUGAGGUUAACUCCAAACCCUGGCACUGGCCCAUCAACUAUCAGGGCUUGAGAUUUUCUGGAGUGAAUGAAACAGAAUACCGUGUGUAUCUUUUAGGGAAUCCUGUGAUCUGGUGGCUGAAUCUGUUCGCACUGGCUCUGUUUCUUGUCAUGGUGUGUCUGUUUUCUCUGGCCUUACAGAGAGGAGCUAAACUCGAGGGAGGGAGGAAAGCACGCUGCCAGGUUCUACUAGAAGGUGGUGGAAUGCUGUUCUUGGGCUGGCUGCUCCACUACAUGCCCUUCUACAUCAUGGGCCGAAUUCUCUACUACCACCACUACUUCCCCGCCAUGCUCUUCAGCAGUAUGCUUACAGGAAUAACACUGGACACAUUCCUGCAGAAUGCUGACUUCCUGUUUAGUCCAGCUGUGUCAAAGUGCAUUUUAAGAGCAGGUCACAUGGUGAUACUGUUCACACUCCUCUACAGCUUUUACCUCUUCCACCCUCUGUCCUAUGGCAUGAAGGGGCCGCUUGCUCACGAUCCUGUGUCCUCCAUGGCGGGACUCAGAUGGUUGGACUCCUGGGAAUUUUAAAAUGUUUUGACAUAAUGCGUGAACUAUGAACUGGUCUAGUGACUAGAAAGCUGCUAAAGUAGUGACAUUUCAUUUUACAAGAUUCUUAUUAAAUAUACUAGAUUUGCUAACUUAUAAAUGAGAUUAGAAUGUCCUCAGUAUUGCAAAGCAUUAAUUAUUUAAUUGUACAUGAUUGUAGGAUUGUUGGAUAUACGUUAUAACAACUCCAGGUUUGUAUGAAAUAAACAAUCACACAAAGUGCCUUUUAGGUCAUAAAUACUGUAUAUUAGAAGUAGUGAACAUUCACUAAUAUAGUGGAUUAGUGCUGAAAAGUGGUUUCUUCGAGUUCUGGAAAUCUCACAAGCUUGUUUUGGGGGAUUUCUAAAUUGUGAUUAAAAGGUCUGGGUUUUUCAAGUAUUUGUUUGUAGUAUCUAGAGAGCCAUCAAUAUCCAGUCCUGGGAAUUGUCCAGAUUGGAUUGUCCAACAGAUAAUUUAAAUGUAAAU